AUGAAACUGCACCAAAAAUCCGUGCUCAGUUUCUUCCGUGGAUGCAGAACACAGGCUCCAGACCGGGAGGGCAUCUUGCUAAAGAAGGGAGCCCGAAAUACCAGCUAUCAACGCCGCUGGUUCAUCCUCCGGGGAAACCUCCUCUUCUACCUGGAGAACCAGGCAGACCACACACCCCUGGGCCUCAUUCUCUUGGAAAACUGUCAGGUGGAGCCACGCCUUGGGGCCACAGAACCCUAUGCCUUUACCAUCCUGACCUCCAGGGUUGAGGGCACAGGUGGGCGUGCCUACAAACUGGCAGCAGAAAACCAGGAAGAGCUGGAAGCCUGGCUGUGGGCGCUGGCUGGGGCGAGCUGGAGGCAGCUGGUGGUGCUACUACCCCCCCUGGAGGCCCAGUACCGGGAGCUGUGCCAGGCAGCUGGCCAAGAGCCCAGCUCGCCCCCAGAGGUCGGUGGCUUCCUAGCCGCCCUCCGUACCCCCUCCAGCUUCCAGGAGUUACACGAGCACUUUGGGAAGGAGAUCCGGGUGCUGCAGGUGGUACGUAGAAGGCCCCAGGCCAGGGACAGUGGAAGGAGCAGAUCCCCGGCAGAGGAGGAGCAGGAGCUCAGCAGUUGUUGA